UUAGAAUCAGUGUAUUAGUGUUCGGACAUACCGGAUGCCCCAUAACAUACAGUAGAUCUAAUAAUAAAUAAUUUGAUAAUUUGAUGUCUUUUUGUUUAUAAUUAUGACAUGUUGAUACUUGAUGGCUGAAUGUAAAAAGGUAUAACGACUGAACAAGACUGAACAAAACAAAAAGUCACAAUGACAAAGAUAUUGGGCAUAGACUUUGCCCCAUUGAACAUUCCACUUUCUAGACGUAUUCAGACUCUGUGUGCAUUACAAUGGGUACUGACAUUCCUCUUUGGCGGAUUUGGAUGCCUCUUUUUAUCCAUUUAUCUUUUAUUCACUCGAUUUUAUUGGAUACCCGUAUUGUAUAUUGGAUGGUACCUGUACGACAGAGGUAGUGCAGAAACUGGUGGUCAUUAUGUAAAACGGAUACGCAAUAGUGUGGUAUGGAAGAAAAUGGCGGAAUACUAUCCUGCUUCACUAUAUAAAACUGCUGAAUUAGAUCCAACAAAAAGUUAUAUAUUCGGUCUUCAUCCCCAUGGAAUCAUGCAGACAAAUGGAUUUCUUUCAUUCGCUACUGAUGCGACAGGAUUCAGUCAGAAAUUUCCAGGGCUUGUGUCACAUCUUGUCAUUCUGGCUGGACAGUUUCAGUUCCCAUUCUAUCGGGACUACUUGCUAACAAGUGGGAUGGCCUCGGUCAGCAAGAAGAGUUUCCACUGGAUUUGUAAUCGCCCGGGACACUGUGCUUGUGUGGUUGUUGGUGGGGCAGAGGAAGCCCUGGAAUCACAGCCUGGUGUAUUCAACCUUGUUCUAAUGAAACGUAAAGGGUUUAUCAAACAGGCUCUUAUACAUGGAGCAUCACUGGUACCCGUGUUUGGAUUUGGCGAGAAUGAGCUGUAUGAUCAGAUUCAUAAUCCAGAAGGUUCAUUUUUACGUAAACUACAGCUCUUCCUCAUGCACAAGAUAUUUGGAUUCUCACUGCCUGUGAUCAAGGGAAGAGGUGUAUUCAACUAUACUUUUGGUCUCAUGCAUUAUAGACGACCGUUGAAUACUGUUGUUGGUAAACCUAUUGAAGUAGAGAAGAAUGAAAAUCCCUCACAGGAAGAAAUAGACAGCCUGCAUGCUAGAUACACCGAGGAAUUGAAAGAUUUGUUCGAAAGUAACAAGACAAAAUAUGGAAUAGAGGAGUCCGUUCAUCUCAACUUUAUUGGAUAAUUAGAAGAAGUAAACUUACAACAUCUGAAAAAAAUUGUUGAUGUGAAUUAUCAAUACCAUACACUACUCGUAUCAUUAAAAUAAAGUGAUUUUUUUAAAGCUUUCAGUAAACAUUUUGUUUAGGGUCUAAUUUUUCAAUUUCUAAAUAUAUAAUUUUCUUGUAUGAAGAAGACUCCUUUGUUAUUGGGGAUUUGUGCUUUCUUUCCUUUCUUUUAUAGAGAGGGGUCACAGUAAAAGUUGUCUAAGAUGAAGAAGCACUUAGAUCAGUUUUACUGUCAUCCCUUUUGAACUAAGGGUAAUAGAAAUGUAUAAAUUAUGAUUUAAUACUUUCACAGAUGUACCUAAUUCUAGAAUUUCAUUUUUUAUUAGCUAACCUGUCACAUAGUGACAAGGUGAGCUUUUGUGAUCACCCUUCGUCCGUCGUCAGUCCGUCCAUGCGUCCGUCCAUCAACAAUUUCUCGUCUGCACUAUAGUGGUUCCAUUUAUGAUCUUAUUUUAACCAAACUUGCACACAACUUGUAUCACCAUAAGGUCUCGAUUCCUUUCUUGAACUGGCCAGAUCCCAUUACGGGUUCUAGAGUUAUGGCCCCUAAAGGGCCAAAAUUAGCUAUUUUGACCUUGACUGCACAAUAGCAGCUUUAUUUAUGAUUUGAUUUUUACUAAACUUGCACACAACUUGUAUCACCAUAAGAUCUUGGUUCCUUUCUUGAACUGGCCAGAUUCCAUUAUGGGUUCCAGAGUUAUGGCCCCUGAAAGGGCCAGAAUUAGCUAUUUUGACCUUAUCUGCACAAUAGCAGCUUCAUUUAUGAUUUUAUUUUGACCAAACUUGCACACAACUUGUAUCACCAUAAGAUCUUGGUUGCUUUCUUGAACCGGCCAGAUCCCUUAAUGGGUUCCAGAGUUAUGGACCCUGAAAGGCCAAAAAUUUCUAUUUUGACCU